GUUCUAAUUGACGUCCGACGGCACUGACCGCCUGGAAUGGGCGUCAUCGAGAUAUCUUCCUCUCCAGAGCCCCCUGACUUUCCUGCGGUAAAGCGCAGAGGGAGAAGGCUUGUGAAAGGUAGGGGGAAAGGCAGGGCCAGGACUCCUGUGGAUAUCAUCGACAUCACUAAUUCUGACUCGGAUCCCUGGGCAGUCCAAGAGAUACCUUCGGCGGCACACAGUGCAGCAGGACCUUCCACAAGCACCAGUGUCAUUAAUAUUACAGAUGACGAAGACCCAUUGAUUGUGAAUACUGGUGCCUCAACCUCUGCUGCUGCUGCCGCCGACGCCCUCGCACAAGUACUCGAGAUUGUCCCCGAUGUCGAACCAAACUACGCCCAGGAAUUGAUCGCAGGGACCUUGCCUACUUUUGGAGACAAGGUCGUUGAGACAGUCCUACACUUCCUGUUCGAGGAUGCUGGCUACCCAAAGGCGGAGAAGAGGCGCAGGGCGGCCAGUGGCAGCGGUGCAGAUGGCAGCGUAUCAAAGAAGGUGCGAGGAGGCGGCGAGGUGGACUACGCUAGUACUGAAAGGCCCUUCGCCGGGGGACCUGACUAUGCCGACCUCGCUAUCGAGCAACUGACACUGGAUUUUCCCAGCAUGCCCAAACCUUUUCUCAGGAAGCUCUUCAGGGAAAAAGGAAGCUUCUACGCGCCGACAUACCUUCACAUCGUUCGCGAGAAAAAGCGCGGAGCAAAGCUGGAUUACAUCCCGAAGAAGACACUGACCCGCCGUGGAAAAGGCAAAGAGCGCGCCGAAGUGGAUGCGGAGUUUGAGCGCGAGAAGGCUUGGCUGGACGGGCACGAUGAGGAGGGGAAGACCGUUUUCCCAGAGGAAGAGGCACCGGAGGGCGAAGGCUUUGAGUGUGGCUGCUGCUUCUCGGAAUACCCUUUCAAUAAGAUGGUGCAGUGUCCUGAGGCACAUCUUUUUUGCUCGGAUUGCCUUACGGCAUACACCUCUACUCAGCUCGGAGCAUAUGAUGUCAAUAUUUUAUGUAUGGACCAGUCUGGUUGCAAGCGUCCCUUUCCAGAGAGCGAGCUGCGUAGAUUCUUGUCUCCUAAACUAAUGGAGCUGUACGAGAGAGUCAAGCAGCGCAAAGAAAUCGAAGCGGCUGGUCUGGACGGGCUGGAGGAAUGCCCAUUCUGCGAAUUUAAGUGUGUCAUCGAAAACCCAGACGAGAGGUUAUUCCGUUGUGGGAAUGAGGAGACGUGCGGCGCCAUCACAUGCAGAUCAUGCAAGAAAGUGGACCAUUUACCAAAAAGUUGUAAAGAGAUGGAAGAGGAUCGACAUCUAGAUGGCCGGCAUACGAUCGAGGAAGCAAUGACCAAAGCGCUCAUGAGGAAUUGUCCAAAGUGUCAGAAAGCGUUCAUCAAAGAGGCUGGAUGCAACAAGAUGAUGUGCCCAAAUUGCCAGACCUUAUCGUGCUACGUUUGUCGACAGGUUAUCACCGGUUACGAUCAUUUUAACCCACAAGCACCUGGAGCAUCGACAACUUCAAAGUCAAAGAAGUGCCCCUUGUGGGACACAGUGGAGCUACGGCAUUACGAUGAGGUUAGAGCAGCUGCGGAACGAGCUACGGCCGAGUACCACGGAGAUCAUCCUGAUAUCGACGAGGCGGAUAUCAAAGUCGAUUUGCCCAAGUCGCCGAACCUUCAGCAAACGCAACAGCCAUACCAUCAUGCAAAUCCUCCUCAGUUUCACAUGGCGGUUCCCCCGGGUGUCAACGUCAACGAUUAUGAAUGGGACCCGAACUUGCACUACGCUCUGUUGGCCAUGCGGGAAAGGGUGUGGAGGAGGAGAUGGGUGGACUGAGAAUUUAUGCCCAGGCUUUCUUGUCAUCUUGAUAUCUAUGCGCACAGCCUACUCUACUUCAAAUUUCAGUCAUUCAUUCUUAUUGUUCGAGGGAGGGAGGUAGGGAGGGAGGACGUUUAUUCCGGUUGUUGGUUCCUGGGAAGGAAGCGAACCCAGAGUCCGUACUAUACUUGUGUUCUACGGUACCGAACACAGUCUGGGCCGAACAGAUUCAGCAUAGCCUCUCAUAACUAGCAUCAGAACGUGUGAAUAUUAGUCUGUAUGUUAUUUUCCAACUAGUUAGUUUC